GAAAGUGACAGUGUAAAGAAUCAACCACCAAGAGGUGCCUUGUUUGAAAUAAACCGAGGUGAUUAUUAUUUAUUUUAUAUCUUGCAGUGAUCCCCUGGAUGGAUUGUAAGGUAUCAGAGGAUGAUGUAACAUAAUUUAGGUUUUCUAAACAAGAAAAUGAAGGCAAAAACAAGAAUGAUUUUACUCGUCUUUUUUUCGAUGAUUGUUUCCUAUUUAGGUAAAGAAGUACCAGACAAUGCUGGGAAAGAUUUCAUCAUUGGAUUCAUGGAAGCAUCCCAAUCUCAUGGGGGUACUUCACAAAUCCCGUUAAAAGUAUUUAUAACAACUUCGAAUCUUGGAAUCGUUAGCGUUUCAAUAUCAGCUCCUCUUGCGAAAGAUAUUUACUCUGGAGAAAACAUAACAGUGAGUAAAGGGGUUGUUAAAGAGGUAACACUUCCAAAGUCUCUCAGAGUUCAAGGAACAGGACGGUUCCAUAAAGCUGUCCAUAUCAUCUCAUCGGAUGAAAUUGUGGUUUUCGGCAUUAACGAGGCUCAGCAUUCAACAGAUGGAUUUCUUGGAAUACCUAUUGAUGUGUUAGGAACAGAAUAUUUUGUACCCUCCUUUUUUUCCGUUUAUGCAAGUUUCUUUAAAUCUACAAUUGUAAUAGUAGGCACAGAAGAAGGAACUACACUGCAAAUAAAGAUAAAGUCAACAAAUAGGGGGGAAAUUAAUCUUGAGAGUAAGAAGUAUGAAAAUAAUGACUGGCUUAAUACCACUAUCAGUAGAUUUGAGGUAUUGCAACUCCAGUGUAAAGGUGACCUAACAGGAACCUUUGUUCAAUCAUCACAGAAAAUAUCUGUUUUUGGAGGAACAACGGUAACAAACAUUGGAGAAGGAACUUCAAAAGAUCACAUCGAGGAACAAAUACCUCCUGUGAAUGUUUGGGGUAAACAAUUUGUAAUGAGUCCUGUUCCUAAUACUAGUCCUAACUUUAUCAGAGUUUUGGCAAGUGAAGACGACACGGUGAUUAGAAACAAAAAUAAUGGGAUACACACAUUACAAGCUGGACAGUUUUACGAAACAAGAGUUUCAAGUGCUGACUUUAUUUCAUCCAACAAACCUAUCUUAACAGUUCAGUAUAUUCCUAGUGCAAGUGGUGGACGUAAUGGCGAUCCUGCUAUGACUCUUGUUCCACCAAUAGAGCAAAGCAAUGUUUUUUACUCUUUCUUGACACCAAAAUCAUCCGAAAACAAAAACUUCGAGAACACAUUUAUUUUCCUGAUGGAAGGUCUGUCCUACAAAGAGUUGGUUCUGGAUAAUAACCCCAUUCCACAGGAAGGCUUUUCCAAUGUUGCUCAAAUCAACAAUAUCUCGAUCGGUUACAUUACGAUCCCACAUGGCAGUCACACCUUGAAACAUUCAUCAGGAGUGUUACCACUUGGGGGCAUUUUAUACGGUGGAGCAUAUCAUGAAUCGUACGCUUUUCCAGUCGGUCAAAGAUUCACACCAAUCAAUCAGGAAUGUCAGCCUCAACCUAUGGUGGUUGGCGAUGGUUUAGACAAUGACUGUGAUGGACGAGUGGAUGAAGAAAUAUGCAAUGACUAUAAAGACAAUGAUGUGGACGGAAAGGAAAAUGAAGAUUGCGUCACAGAACAAAGUACGACGACAAUGGCAACAGCGAAACUAACAACAACAUCCACAAGUUCAACACACAGAUCAACUACACCAACUACAUCAACUACACAGACCACGACAACAAAACAACCAACGACAAAGAGAACGACUAGAAUGACAACAGCAAAACUAACAACAACAUCCACAAGUUCAACAGACAGACCAACUACACCAACUACAUUAUCGACACGGACCACAACAACCAAACAACCAACGACAAAGAAAACGACUACAAUGACAACAAAAAAACUAACAACAUCAUCUGCAAGAUCAACAGCAAGACCAACUACAAGGACCACAACAACAAAACAACCAACGACUAAAAGAGAAAUAAGCAUGGAUCAGAUUAAACCGCAGUGGUUCACUUUGACGGAGAUCGGAAUAACCAGUGGCGUGGCUAUCGUUGUAUUGGGUGCCAUCGGGGCUUGCUGUAAGAAAUGCUGGGGUCUACUCAAAAACCGGGAUGACGAUGACGAUGAAGAUGAAAAACGAUAUAGACGAAAGAGAAGGAGUACGACCAAGCUGCCUAUCGGAGCCCCUAGUAUUCGACCCAUGUAUAUGUAGAUUUGCAAACAAUGUUUAAAGUUAUUGUUUAACUUAGCGUAGCAUUUGACUGUUAUGUUGUCGUAGUUAAGUUGUGAACCAUCGGGAUGUCCUGUAAGAAAGGCUGGAGUUUAUUUUGGGCCUGUAUGAUGCUGACAAUGAGGAUGGAGAAAAUUUAGAUAAAAGAGAAGAAAUACGUUCAAGCUAUCCUUUGGGAACCGUAGUAUUCGAACACAUGCAUGUGUAUACUGGAUUUGGCAAUCAUGUGACAAGCAUUUUAUAAAGAUUUGAUAUUUAUCAUAGUAUGGUACCUUAGAUUUCAUUCUGAAAUAAACGGAUUUGUGACAAAUGGUUUUAGGUAUAAAUAAUGCUAAUUUGGAUAUUUCAAGUUUUAUAUGUGCACUGAUAUAAAUAUGGAAAUUGGUAGAACUUCUCUGGCGUUUUACAUUAAAAAAACCCACUUACGAACAAUAAUUCAGAUAAAAAUUGUGUUUAUUUAUUCAUGCAGAUACUUCGAGCAAUUUUGGUCAAAGCCAAAUUAUUUCUUUCAAAAAAGCUUCCCAGAUUAACAGAAAAAACUAUGUUCUACUAGUAGGUUGAUUCUAUUACUUUAUUAGUUAGACAUAAAAAUAACUCCGAUAUUUCUUUUCUUACAAUUGAAACACAAUUGAUCUUUUUUUAAAAGGCAAAUAUCCAAAGGACAUUAAAAUGGCAUUGAUUAUUAUUGUCUUGAAUUUGGUGCAAACUGAUGUCAAUGUACAGUUAACAG